UUCCUUUACGGUUAACACGUGACAGACUCAAUUGGACAAAAACUUCCGUCGGACAGAAACACGCACAUCAGACACAGUGCGAGGGAGGAAGCUAUGGUUGCAAUCUCACUCUACAGAGGAAAUCUUCACAAAGUUCCCGACGUUCCUCGUAAAUGGCUGAUGCCGGCACACCAACUCACCAUCAAAGACUUUAAGAAUCUCCUCGGACGUCGUACCCGUGCCCUUUCCCUCCUCCCCAAUCCUCAACCCGUCCCGGGCCCUAAUCCUCGUAUUGGUGCAAAUUCGCCUAAGAAUGACGAUGAUAAUGGAAUUGAAAACCCAAUUGCUGAUGUUGCUACCAGUGCUGAACCUGGGAUUUCUCAAUUGGAGGAGCCUCAGAAGAACAAUGAUAAAGGGGAAGAAAAUGUGGGCAAACUGCCAUCGGAGGGAGGGAAUUGCGUGCAGAUGAUGGAAGUGGAUGUUUCUGCUUCUGCUGUUGUUGAGCUCAAUCGGAAUGAUGAUCUCCAGAACGUUGCCACUGAGAAUGAGUUGAAUGUGGCAAAAGAGGGUAAAGAAGAAGAAGAGAGGAAGGGGGAAAAGAGCCCGGAGGUUGCAACGAAACCUAACUCUGAGACAAUCAACAAAGAUGCUGCGGAAAGUUCUGAUGCAAAAAGGAAAAAAGAGGUAGAGGAAAGACUGAAAUUUUUGAAAGAACAAAAACAUGGGUUGGUACAAGUGCUGAAACAGAUACAAAAUGCAGAAGACGAACUAAAGAGACGGACUAGUACCCAAGGAGGAACAGGUCGCCCAGUUAUACCUCUCAAAGUGGAUAUUCCUAAUGAUUCUGGAUCAAUUACCAGGGUAAACACUCCCAGAAUGGGUUCAGAUGGAACCUCUGGUGCUGAGAUUGAAGGAGGGGAACCCAACAGCUUAGCUAACCUUACUAUUGACACUCGGCAAUUACUUCGUGUGAGCAGUACCUCACCUUCUCCAUCUUCCGAUUCUCAACAUAAAAAACCUGCUUUUGGUGUGGUAAGUAGUUAAUGUUAGAUUGUGCCAUUACUAAAUUGAUAUGUUUUUAUUGAUUCCUAUCAUAAAUCUCAGAUCCUUUGUGUUUAUUUAAAAAUUGACCUCGUUGAUCCUUCUAGUUCUAGUUGUAUAACCUAAGAUGACAGCUAAUGCUUUUUCCAGAGAAGGUUUUAUCUGUUAUAUUGUUGUUGUUGAGUGUUUUGUUUCUCAAUUAUAGCUCUCAUACGAGUCUCUUAAGUGUCCACGAUCAGUCCAGUGUCCACCGUUUUAGUUGCUCUGUUGGCAGUGCUGUAUGUUAAUAAUUCUUACACAACAGAAUUGCUACUUUAUGCACUGGUUCCAGAUAUAGUAAGAUAUCCUUAUGGACAACUAUCCAGUUGCCAUUUAUUUCAGGCGUCAUAUUGUUGUGUUUGUUAUCUGUACAUGUACUAGUUCUUGCAAUUUAUAAUUUUGGUAUAUCUAACAUAUUUGUAUUGUUGGCAAUUGGCGAUUUUAUGGAUAGCGCUUGCACUGCAUAAUUUUGGUAUACUGAUAUGUUAGGCUCAUGCAAAAAGCUAAACUGACCUGUAUUUUACUGUAGAACCGCCUUAUUACUGAUAAAUUUAUGGAUAUUACUAUAUAACUUUGUGGAUGAAAUAAUAAUUAAAUAGCUUAAAGUCUUUGAUUUUUAUUCCCUGCGUUGCAGUCGAUUGUUGGCUGUUGUCCUCAAAUGGUAGUAUCCUCAAAAGAGAUGCUUAAAAAAGGGUGUCACGUUUUGUUACGUGUGUUAAAGUGCGGAAACGAUGGUGCUGACUACAUAGGGACGUCAUUUGUGGAUGACUAGAUUCUCUUAAAAAGUUUAUGAAGGCAUAUUUAUGAUGAUAAACUGUGAAGCUGAACAACAGUAUACAAAAGACACAGUACAGAGACUGUGAGGCUUAAACGCAGUAUACAAAAGAUGCGGUAAAGAAGAUGAAGUUUGAUGCAGGACAAGUGUCUGUACGGUAGAAUGGAUGUUAGACACAGUCGCUAAGAAUCACUCUUAGAACCUGUUAGGAUUUUAGCCAAGGAAAUGUUACGUAACCAUAACUGUUGAAGAAGGUAAAGGUAUUGCUGGAAAUCAUAUGAAAUUGACUGAAAUUUCCUCUUAAAAGAAUACAUUAUUGAGAUUAGGAUUCACCAUUUACUUUAUUGAAUAAUAAAUUCCUUAUUCAGACUCCAUUGCGAAAAAGUAUCACUUGUCUAAAUAAACUUUAUAAACAAAGUUUUAUUGCAUUAACCUAAAUUAGACAUUCAUUUUUUCAGAAAUGUAAUGGACGAAUCAUAAACCAAGCAGUUAUAGUUUGCUGUCAACAACCUUCAACAUUCUUUUGUCCUUCUUCUAAUAGUUGUUCACAACUGUGUUGGAGUAAAGCUCUCAGGGUCUGACACCUUAGGUCGGAGGAGUGAUUAAAUUCAGAAUUUUCAGCCUUCUAUGACUUGUUUCAGUCUCUAACUCUAAAAACACAAAUUUCGGUCUCGGUAAAGUUCGGAAAGGUUAUUUAAGAUCCAUUUAGUUUGAAGACACGCUUGAGCUGCAUAACUGUGAUGGACAUGGAAAAGAUCCCUUUCUAGUACUUUAAAUGGUGAAAAUAUCUACCCCUGGUUCCGAAAGUUCUUUCUCGUACUUUUCCUUCUGCUUACUCCUAAACUUGCAGUUGUCUUUCUUCAUGAAGCUUAUGAGUUGGGUUGUCAGCAUGCUUAUUUGUGCUACCUUACACAUGAAUUGUGGUACAUACAAGUUUUCCUUCUUGUUGAUCCCUAAUUGUAGUGAAAGAGCCCCCCUUAUGCUGUCGAGUAUUGUUCUGAUGAUAAAGUUCCAAACUUUCGAGUUGGGAAAAUUAUAAAUAGACAAUAGGUGCAUUUAAUGGGUUAGUGUCAUCCCAUAAUCUCUUUGGGCGGAGGUAAAGACACAAUCGUUGCUAGUUGUUAGGCCUGUUAAUGGCCUCCUGACACAUGCAUUAAGGUCACCACUUGCAGUGGGGUGGAUGUGAACUGCAAAAGAAUUGCACUAUGACAAAAAAGCAGAGCAAUAACGCGGUUUUAUUAAGAUUUUAUUCAUGUUGAUUGAUUGAUGAUACUGCUUAAAGAAAUUAUCUUAUGCUGUAAUUCCACUAAUGUAUGAGGUAGCAUUCUGCUGCAAUGUGAUAUAUCUAUGAAAAAAGAAACUCUUUUUUCCUGCUUCUGGCUAUGCAUAAUAAUUUAGGAUUUGAUCGUUAUUUAUUCUGUUAAAAUUGUCUUUAGCUUGAAUUUUGAGUGCUUGUUGAAAUUCUCAAGCAAAGAUUACAAGUUUUAAAGCAAGUAGUAUUUUGAGGCCUCUUCGGCCUCUUCGGCAACUUGGACCUGUGACCUAGUAGGAAACAAAUUGAUCCCUAAAGAAAAUAAAUAAAAAAUUGGUAAACAAGUUUUAAUUGUCAAGGUAUCAAAAAUUGGUGACUGUUGUCUACAUGUGCUUGUUUCAGUGGAAGUUACGCUAUUUGUUUUGCUUUCAAACUGAGCAUCCUUACAUUUGGUUUGGUAUUAGAAAAAGAAAUCCCUUCUUUUACACUUCCAGUCAAUUAUAUAAGAUUUUUCUUGUCAGUAAGCUAGUUUCUUCUACACCAACACGUCUCUUAUGAAGAUCUAAAAAGUCAUGGAUGGUAGACGCAAACAAGAUUGUAAACCAUCAACGGAACAUAAUUGAAGAUUUUGAAUUUUAAGACCAUAAAAUUAUGUUGCUGUCCAUUUAUGACCAUUUUGUUGGUUUGGUAUUGACAAUUGGGUGGAUAUAUUUCAUCAAUACACUGGUUCUUUUUGAGCUGAAACACUAACUUCUUCCUGAGUCAUUUUUUUAGCCUUUUUGAUUUCUUAAAUGUAGAUAUUAAAAUUCACGACAUUAUCUGUACCAAAUUGUAUUGAAAAUAAUAGUUCUCAAUAAUUUCAAUUCUUUCACACUGCAUCUUUCGUGGAAGCAGGUUCCACAUCCUGGAAGGACAACAUCUGUGGUUUCAGCCAGUCCAUCACGUUUUGCUCCCAGUGGUCAGCAAGGACAGACAGCAAAUCUACCAACGGUGUCUAUUUCAGGAACAAAUUACGUUGCCUCCUCACCAUCACCUGCUGCAUCAGGUGGAACUUCAGUUUUCCGGGAGAACAGAAUGCCGAGUCCAUGGAAUUAGUUCCAAACUAGUUUGGCUCAUUUUAGGCAGGCCUGAGCUUAGGUUUACCAGCUUUGUUAUCUUUUUGGGCUUUUUUGACAAGCUCUAAAUCAGUUUAUGUCUAUAUGUAUAAGCAAACAGUUCCAGGAGGUCGUGUAAGCUGUGGAACUUCAAACUCAUGACCUUCAAAAGUUGCAGAUUUGGGGAUGGUUAGUGUUGGUGAAGUGCUGAUGAUGGGGAGUGUGGGGCUCUGAUUUCAAGGUGCCCAACUUGUACUGCAAUAUGUACACUUGAACAAAAGAAACAAUUAAAAGAGUUCUUUUUUAUUCCAUGCAAGCAGUCGCUAUGUUUUGUUUGUAUUUCUGUCACACAUAUGUCAGUCUUAACCAUAGUUUUCAAAAUCACGAUCCGGAUCUUAGAAUCUUACGAUCCUGCGAUUCAGAAUU